AAAACUCUCUGCUGAUGCUCUAUCAGGAGGUGGCUCGUGGUUUUAACGUCAUAUCUCUGUCCUCUUGUUUACACCUUCCUAUACAAGAAAAUAUAUUUUAGCUGGAUUCAGAACCAGCUUCCGGCUAGUGUUUGUGAUCAUGAGCGUCGCGUGGAGCUGUGGAGCGUGUCCGGUCUCCUUUAGGUGCCGUUUAUCUGCCUUCUACUGAUUUCCGCUCGUUAGCGUCUCGCCACGGUCCCGCAGCGAUGUGCGGAGAAGGGGACGAGGCGCAGGACGACUGCGGCUCCCGGGAGGAGUGGACUCUACUGUUCUGGACCUCCGUGGCCGUCGUGGUUCCGGUCAUCAUCACGCUGUGGUGCAGCGCACAACGCUCCAAGAGGAAAUCGCACAUGAAGGAUUUCUUUCGCAAGAGCAAGCACGGCUGGCACUACACCGACCUGUUCAACAAGCCCACCUACUGCUGCGUGUGCUCCCAGCACAUCCUGCAAGGCGCUUUCUGCGACUGCUGCGGCGUGUGCGCCGACGAGCAGUGCCUGCGCCGGGCCGACCGCAGCCUGUCCUGCAAGGAGAUCAUGGCCCCCUCCAGCCCCGAAGGAGCCAUGGAGCAUCGCUGGGUCCGCGGAAAUGUGCCUCUGGCCAGUUACUGUGCUGUAUGCAAGCAGCAGUGUGGGACCCAGCCGAAGCUCUGCGACUUCAGGUGUGUGUGGUGCCAGACCACAGUGCACGAUGACUGCAUGGAGAGCUUGACGGAUGGAGACGUGUGCGACUUGGGCGAGUUCCACAACCUCAUCAUCCCCCCUCACUACCUCUACCGUGUCAACAAGCUGCGCCGCAGGCACCCCGACGAGUACAGCAAGCUCGGCUCUUCCUGUGGCAGCGGCUGGACUCCAGUGUUGGUCUUGGCUAACACGCGUAGUGGGAACAACAUGGGGGAGGUGCUGCUGGGGGAGUUUCGCACCCUCCUCAACCCGGUGCAGGUGUUUGACUUAUCUCAGCUGACUCCUUCCAAAGCCCUCCAGCUGUGCACCCUCCUUCCCCCCGGCAGUGUCCAGGUGCUGGUGUGUGGAGGUGAUGGCACAGUGGGAUGGGUGCUCGAUGCCAUCGAUGCUAUGAAGCUAAAGGGCCAGGACCAGUUCAUCCCCAGGGUGACCAUCCUGCCUCUGGGGACAGGAAAUGACCUCUCUAACACUUUAGGCUGGGGAGCUGGCUAUGCUGGAGAGAUCCCCGUGGAGCAGGUUCUCCGUAACAUCCUUGAUGCUGAAGUGGUGAAAAUGGACAGAUGGAAGGUCCAGGUAGCAUCAAAAGGCGUCUACUUUCGUAAACCAAAGGUUCUGUCCAUGAACAACUACUUCUCUGUGGGGCCCGACGCUCUGAUGGCGCUCAGUUUCCAUGCACACCGUGAGAAAACGCCCUCCUUCUUCUCCAGCCGCAUCAUCAACAAGGCUGUGUACUUCCUGUAUGGCACCAGAGAUUGUUUAGUGCAGGAAUGUAAAGAUCUGGAUAAGAGGAUCGAGCUGGAACUGGAUGGGGAAAGGGUGAAGCUUCCCAGUUUGGAGGGCAUCAUAGUCUGUAACAUCGGCUACUGGGGCGGAGGCUGCAGGCUGUGGGAGGGUAUGGGAGAUGAACCGUGCCCCCCUACCCGGCUGGAUGAUGGCCUGUUGGAGGUGGUGGGUGUAUUUGGCUCCUUCCACUGUGCGCAGAUCCAGGUCAAGCUGGCCAACCCUGUACGGCUGGGACAGGCUCACACUGUCAGACUGGUUCUGAAGAGCUCCACGAUGCCCAUGCAGGUGGAUGGAGAGCCGUGGGCGCAGGGUCCCUGCACCAUCACCAUCACCCAUAAGACCCAGGCUUUUAUGCUGUACCACAGCGCAGAGCAGACGGACGAUGAUGACGAUGAAACCAGCGCCUCUGAGACGGAGAGCCCAACUCCUCACGACUCACCCAGGGCGGCGGGGCCGGCGUCUGCUCGAGCGUGACCCGCCGCAAACAUCGUGUGACGUGAAGCUCUUGUUAUCCUCGUUACUUAUUUCUGCCUAGUUUGCAUUAUUCCCUCCUUUGCAUUAGUCUUCCUCCUCCGAGGUCUUUGUAGUCACAUCGUGAUGAUUAGAACGUUUUGAUUUAGAAUCUUUUCAGAGAGCUCACAGACGGAGAAAGAUUAGUUUGUUACUGAGCUGGCGUGAAUUGUUUCUUCGGUCUUUUAUCUACACACUCCCCUUUUAACUCAGAGCUCAGGCAGUCUCUCCUUGGACAGAUUGCUCUUUAAUUGCACUGAUCCUCCGUGCCAUAGAUAAUCUAUAGACGACGAUACUGUAUUUAUUACUCUGUAUUUACAAUUGAAUUCUCCGUGCUGCCCUGCAGGUAUCGGUGAGCCAUUCUAACAGGUUGCCCAGGUUUAACCGACCCCUAAAAGCCAUGUUUAAAUCAACAGCAGGUGAUGACGUUGUGUUUGUUGAGAGAACAGCAGGUUGCGCUGUCUGGUUGAUGCUUUAUUUCCCACAAAUUUUGUAUUCCACAAAAAGCACAAAAGGUGAAAGACCUGCGUUUGCUGGCAGGCCCCAGUGGCUCAUGUGUCAAAUGUGUUAUCGUCUUUGAGGAUCCUCAUCGUCACACUGCUGGCAGGUUUUUAGUCACACAGGCUUUGAAAUGUGUGGACUCGAUGGGGCAUGGACUCUGAUAAAACCGCAGUGUGUUGUCAAUCAGCAGACAUCAGUGUUUACGUUAAAGUGCACUGCCAUUUGCCAAACUGUUAAAUUAUAAUACGUUAAACUGUAUAAACUAUGGUUGACAUUCCUGUAUGAG